AUGUGUACUAACAACUACACUGGACACGAUUGCGGACUUCUUCCUUGUAAUUUCAUACACAUACAUUUAUUCAUAUAUCGGUUCUGUUUUCUCCUUUCCUACGUUCUCUCUUGUUCUACUUCUUUGUCCCCCCCUCGUUCUCUCUUGUUCUACUUCUUUGUUCCCCCCCGUUCUCUCUUGUUCUACUUCUUUGUUCCCCCCCCGUUCUCUCUUGUUCUACUUCUUUGUUCCCCCCCGUUCUCUCUUGUUCUACUUCUUUGUUUUCCCCCCGUUUCUCUCUUGUUCUACUUCUUUGUUCCCCCGUUCUCUCUUGUUCUUCUUCUUUGUCCCCCCCGUUCUCUCUUUUACUUCUUUGUUCCCCCCGUUCUCUCUUUUUUACUUCUUUGUUUUGUUCUCUCUUUUACUUCUUUGUUCUCUCUUUUUACUUCUUUUGUUCCCCCCCUCUUUUCUUCUUUUUCCCCCGUUCUUUUGUUCCCCCGUUCUCUCUUCUACUUCUUUGUUCCCCCGUUCUCUCUUCUUCUUCUUUUUGUUCCCCCCCGUUUCUCUUGUUCUACUUUGUUUCCCCCCGUUCUCUCUUGUUCUACUUCUUUGUUCCCCUCCGUUUCUCUCUUCUUCUUUGUUUCCCCCCUCCGUUCUCUCUUCUACUUCUUUGUUCCCCCCUCCGUUCUCUCUUCUACUUCUUUGUUUCCCCCCGUUCUCUCUUCUACUUCUUUUUUUCCCCCCCGUUCUCUCUUCUACUUCUUUGUUCCCCCCCGUUCUCUCUUCUACUUCUUUUCCCCCCGUUCCCUUCCCUCCGUUCUCUCUUCUACUUUUUGUUCCCCCUCCCGUUCUCUCUUGUUCUACUUCUUUGUUUCCCCCCUCGUUCUCUCUCUCUCUCUCUCUAAUUUUUUUUACGUUUCUCCCGUUCCCCCUCUUCUACUUCUUUUGAUUUCUUUUUCUAAUUUUUCUUUUUACUUCUCUCCUUUCUCUCCUCUUUUUGUCUUUAUGUUUCUUUGCUUUUUAUCUCCUUUCUGUCUUUUCAUUCAUUUUUGUCUUUCUUUUAUUCUUUUUCCUCUUCAUUUUCACCUUUCCUUCCAUUCUUGGAUAUUUACAUUCUUGUUUCUCUCCCUUCGUUUGUUUGUUUUUCUCUCCCUUCGUUUGUUUGUUUUUCUCUCCCUUCGUUUGUUUGUUUUUCUCUCCCUUCGUUUGUUUGUUUUUCUCUCCCUUCGUUUGUUUGUUUUUCUCUCCCUUUGUUUGUUUCUUUUUCAGAUUAUUUCUCCCAUUCUUAUCUCCCUUUUUCUUUCUUCCUUUCGCUUCCUUAACCAUUUCCUUUUUAGUCUUCGUCCUUUCUUCUUUCCUUUCUUUCUCGGUUCGCUUUUCCGUCUUGACUUCCGAUUAUUUCCUUCUAUCUUUCUUUCAUACUGUUUUUUCUUUUUUUCUCUACUUCCUCGAGAAAACCAAAUUUUUGUCUUUACUUUUUUGAAAACCAUUUUGUCUUUACUUUUUUUCUUUCCUUUUUUUCUUUCCUUUUUUCUUUCCUUUUUUCUUUCCUUUUUUUUUCUUUUUUUUUUUUUUUUUCCUUUUCUUUCCUUUUUUCUUUCCUUUUUUCUUUUCUUUUUUCUUUCCUUUUUUUUUUUUUUCUUUUUUUUUCUUUUUUUUUUUUUUUUCUUUUUUUUUUUCUUUUUCUUCGUUUUUGUCUUCUUUUUCUUCGUUUUUGUCUUCUUUUUCUUCGUUUUUGUCUUCUUUUUCUUCGUUUUUGUCUUCUUUUUCUUCGUUUUUGUCUUCUUUUUCUUCGUUUUUGUCUUCUUUUUCUUCGUUUUUGUCUUCUUUUUUUUUCGUUUUUGUCUUUUUUUUCUUCGUUUUUGUCUUCUUUUUUCGUUUUUUGUCUUCGUUUUUCUUUUCUUUUUCUUUUUUCUUUUUUUUACUUUUUUCUUCGUUUUUUCUUUUCUUUACUUCUUUUUUCUUCGUUUUUUCUUUUCUUUACUUUUUUUUCUUUUUUUUUUCUUUUCUUCUUUUUCUUCGUUUUUUCUUUUCUUUACUUCUUUUUCUUCGUUUUUUCUUUUCUUUACUUCUUUUUCUUCGUUUUUUCUUUUCUUUACUUCUUUUUCUUCGUUUUUUCUUUUCUUUACUUCUUUUUCUUCGUUUUUUCUUUUCUUUACUUCUUUUUCUUCGUUUUUUCUUUUCUUUACUUCUUUUUCUUCGUUUUUUCUUUUCUUUACUUCUUUUCUUUUACGACAAAGUAAAAAAAAAAUCUGUUUUGGCUUCUCGCUUUCAUCACAAAUCAAACACAGUUCACCUCAUCAUUUGCUGAUCUUUCAUACGGCUUCAUUCCCACACACGGCUCCCCACUGCACUCCUUUAUCCAUCUUUAGAUCUUUCCUUCCUUCAUCAACGGCAUCAUUGCUGAAAAGAACGCUAAGAGAAUACUACGCACACCAGACGCAAUCACGAGAGUGGCCGUCUUCAGCCCAAUUCAUUUUUUUUUUCUCAUCUGAAGAAGGAGGGGGUCUCUUUCUGUUCCCACAAAGCCCCAUAUUGUCUAUAUGGUAUUGCCAAUUUUAUUUUUAUAAAAGUUGUUCGGGAUGUAUCUCCUUUUCUUCUCCUUCAACUAUUAUAUGGCCCAGAGAGAACCUUACUGUUGUGUGUGUGUCUAUCUAUCUAUCUAUCUAUCUAUCUAUCUAUCUCGACCCUCCUUUCCUCUGUGCCCGCCCACCCGUCUGCCUCGGUCUGCCUACCCAGUCUCUGUCUACUUACCCAGUUUCUGCGUCCGCCUGCCUCUGUCUGCCUACCCAGUUUCUGCGUCCGCCUGCCUCUGUCUGCCUACCCGGCCUCUUCGCCCGCCUGCCUCUGUCUGCCUCCCCGUUCUCUUGGUCCGCUUCCCUGUCUCUCCGGUCUCUGCACCUGUCCGCCUGCUACUCUCUGCAUACCUGCCUCGGUCUGCCUACCCGGUCUUUGCACCCGCCCGCCUGUCACUGUCUACUUACCCAGUUUCCGCGUCCGCUUGCCUCUGCGCGACUCCCCAGCCUCUGCUCUCGCCUACUUGCCUUUGUCCGUCUUCCGGCCUACAAACCUAGUAAAAGUUGUCCUCUUUGCUGUUUCUUUUCUAUCUUGGUUCUUGUUUCUCUCUCUCUCUCUCUCUCAGUGUGCCUGCAGCUUACCCUACUCUGUCAUGACCCUGAUACCAUAACUCAACUUCUAUCUACCUAUCUCUUUCAGUCUACGCACCGUCUCUCUCUUUCAGUCUACGCACCGUCUCUCUCUUUCAGUCCACGCACCGUCUCUCUGCUUCAGUCCACGCACCGUCUCUCUAUCCUGGACACUGCUCAGUACCUGUCGACACGGUGGGCUCGCAACAGCUGGAUGAUGUUACGUAGCAACCGGUCUAUGUUGUUAGUUGGACGCGACUCUAUACGAAUUUCUAGUGCUAAUUUGACCAAGACUGACACAAAAAACACUUACAAUCCAAUCGGAUUUGAAAUCAAGGAUACUGAUGGAGAACCGCUCAGGAAAGCCGUUUUUGUUGGCGACAAAGUCCAGCUUACGUUCAUUUUGUGGGAUAACAAAGUUUUCAGUGAUUUCCAUGUGAGUGAUUGUGAAGCAUUUGAAGCUGGUGGCGGCCAUGGCAGCAUCAAGCUUAUUGAAAACAGUUGUGUCAACAAGAAUGCUUUCAGUGUGAUUGCUGGCGAUUUGGAGAAAGACGGCAGCACUCCAAAAACCAUCUCCUUGCUCAUUCGGGCUUUCCGUUUCGUAAAAUCUCCAGCUGUGUCAUUCCGUUGUAAUGUCAUUGGUUGCAAGCCUGGAGACACUACGUGCUCUGAUGUAACUCUCAAAGACCCUGAAGAUUGUCUCCAGAAGAGCGAGUUUGUGACACUUGUCACAUGUAUGGCAGCUGUUGUCAUUAUACUUUUGGUGUUGUGUGCUGUCCUCGUCUUCCUCGUCCGUCGUAAACGCAUGGAGAAAGAAGAAUUCAACAGUGACAUACCCCAGAAACAAAUUGGUAUUGUCGACUUUAAGAUUCCACGAGUGACUAACUAA